AUGGCAGAUAUCCUUCAGAUUUGGCCUCCAACUAUCGCUUCGGGGCCCGUAUUGGGGCUGCUCAUCCUUGGCUUCGCAGUCUCGACGGUGCUGGCGGCAUUGCGACUCGCUCACAAGCCUUCGUCAAGGCAACUCAAUGUAUCACACCAUGGGAAAGAUGAAAAGAUUGAUCGCAACAAUGCUCUAAACGUAUUCCCGCCAUCGAGGCGAGCAGCUCUAGCUCAGCUCUUGCCUGCAUCAAAGCUCGGUACGACCGACUUGGUGAUUCCUCUCGAGACCCUUAAAACCAACCAGAUUCCAACGAACCAGGUUCAAUUAUUGGAUCACAAGGAUCUCUUCACUUCCACUAGCGUCUUGACGCAGGAGGUGAAGGCUUUGGGUCGCUUUCCAGAUUACUCUGUUCUGAGUGGUGUUCCGCACCCCCAACCGGCACCCUCGUUUGAUAUUAGCAAAGCCAAAUUUAGACCCUUCCGUCCCUUUAGAUGGAACUACCACCAAACUAUGGCUGUUAUGAAAUAUGAGCCAGACUAUUGGAUUGAACUGGAACAAAACUACUUUCGACGCAUGAAUCAACGCAUGGAACUAUGGAAAGAGCACGGCGAGCGCGUCAUGUUUGAAGCACCGGGCUCUGAGCUUGCAACUCGCGAGCUCAUGGAAAUGGUCUUGCAAUUUCUCACGAUCCGCUACCCACAUUACUUUCAGCUCGUGGAUAACAACACAGUCUUUUGUAAUCAAUUACUAAAGACGACAAGCGUCAUCGACUCGAUGAAACCUCUCGAGUUGCUCUUCCGUCACGUUCCCGAGGACUUUGCCAUCAUGCUUCGCGAUCAGAAUGAUGGCAACUAUUACCUCAGAGCUGCGAUUGUCUGUAGCUCUGUUGGCUGGAACGUCGGCUCGCAUAAAAACAAGCUUUUGAGGAAGAUACACGAUAAUGUGCCAUUAUGGGAAAAGAUGGCCUUUUCUGUCGACAGAUAUAUGACCAAGCAGCCUUGUGAUGCGCCGAUCCAACGCGGCUCCUGGGGAAUCGAAGACUGGGAGGCCUUUUUCUGUCCAGAAGACAUGCCACGCAGCAAGUUUGAGCACGACCCAUCAUCCUGUAAAAUAGAGGACCUCCAGCUCCGAUGCGACUGGCAGACGCUCCGACGUCUGCCAUUGUCGGGCGCCGUCAUUUUCAACUUCAAGGCCGUCUUUACGCCACUGACGGAGCUGGCCACCGAACCUUACGUGCCGGCGCUGCUCCACCGGGUCAUCACGCAGGGCGACAGACGGCUGAUUGAUUACAAGAUGGAGAAACAUGUCCUCGAUAUUGCUUCGAAGCAUCUCGAAGAAUGGGCUUAUAAGCAGGAAGAAGAUGGUAUCGUCGAAAAGGGCUGGGAGGUGGGGACGCUGCAGCAGAGUCCUUUCUUUCCUGGCUGGCAGGACUUGAAGGACUGGGGAGAUUGUCCCAUGAGGCCGCGGCCGUAUCUGAGACGUGAUAUCUGA